GUGGAGGGAGGACGGCGCAGAGAGAGGACACUGUGCUCGCCGCCGGUCGCCAAUAUUAUAUAUACACACACAUAUAUAUAUAAUAUACAGACACAUACAGCCUGUGGCCUCGCCAGCUCGCUCGACAGCCGGACAGCGGCCACCCUGCACCGGCGCAAGGCCGAGGCCAUGCGAGCCCGCUGAGGGGAGAGGACAGGACAGGACAGGACGAGGACUGACUCGGGGACGUGGAGAGGCCGGGGCGGCGGUGACAAGAUCGGUUUUGUAAUUGUGUGCGUGGACAUUUUAUAUACCAGGCAAAAUGAGUGAACUGGAACAGUUGCGGCAAGAAGCGGAGCAACUGAGGAAUCAAAUCCGGGAUGCAAGGAAAGCUUGUGGUGAUUCUACUCUGGCCCAGAUCACGGCCGGUCUAGAUUCAGUGGGUCGAAUCCAAAUGCGUACAAGGCGCACGCUGAGGGGGCAUUUGGCCAAAAUCUACGCCAUGCAUUGGGGAACAGACUCCAGACUAUUAGUAAGUGCAUCACAAGAUGGAAAAUUAAUCAUCUGGGAUAGUUAUACAACGAACAAAAUGCAUGCUAUCCCAUUGCGAUCAUCCUGGGUUAUGACCUGUGCCUACGCUCCAUCGGGCAAUUAUGUUGCUUGUGGUGGGCUGGACAACAUCUGCUCGAUAUACAGCCUGAAGACUAGAGAGGGGAAUGUUCGAGUAAGCAGGGAGCUGCCGGGACAUACAGGUUAUUUAUCAUGUUGUCGUUUUCUGGAUGACAACCAGAUUAUUACAAGUUCAGGAGAUACAAAUUGUGUGUUAUGGGACAUUGAGACGGGAAAUCAAACGACAACAUUUGCGGGCCACACUGGGGACGUGAUGAGCCUCACCCUCAGUCCCGACAUGAAGAUAUUUGUCUCCGGCGCCUGCGAUGCUUCUGCCAAACUGUGGGAUAUUCGAGACGGGAUGUGUCGGCAGUCCUUCACGGGGCACGUGUCUGAUAUCAAUGCAGUGUGUUUUUUUCCCAAUGGCAAUGCGUUUGCCACUGGCUCGGACGACGCGACGUGCCGGCUGUUUGACCUGCGGGCCGAUCAGGAGCUGAUGAUGUACUCUCACGACAACAUCAUCUGCGGGAUUACCUCCGUUGCCUUUUCCAAGAGCGGCCGCCUUCUGCUUGCCGGCUACGAUGACUUCAACUGCAACGUGUGGGACUCUCUAAAGGGAGAUCGCGCAGGCGUGCUGGCCGGCCAUGACAACCGUGUCAGCUGUCUGGGCAUCACGGACGACGGAAUGGCGGUAGCAACCGGCUCUUGGGAUAGCUUCCUGAAAAUCUGGAACUGAGGUAGAGACGUGAAUAUUGUCCACGGGACUGCCCGGGCUGACACCCACAGCAAUCAAACAACAUCCUUCUUAUCAAGUAUUUGCAGGUGACAGUUGUCUGUCUCUCACUGAAUACAAUUGUAUAACACCAGGCUUGUGUAAAGUGGGCUCAUCUAAUGAAGAGGAAACAUCGCUGACAGCUGCUAACUGUAAAAGGCUGGUACAAUAUCACGGUGACUAGGAAAAUAUUUCAAACUAACCAUUGUUUAGUUUUAAUGACUGCAUUGUUUGGAGGGGUUUUUUUUUGUUGCUAAUCUGCCAAUCUGUUUUGUACAGAAUGUACACAUUACAGCAGCGAAUCGUGUAAUUUGUCUAUGUAAAAAAAAAAAAAAAAAAAAAAUCAAAUUUUUAAAGCUAAA